AUGGCCGACGAGCACGAUGUCACCUUCGAGUCCGCCGACGCCGGCGCCUCUCUCACCUACCCCAUGCAGUGCUCUGCUCUGCGCAAGAACGGAUUCGUCGUGAUUAAGGGCCGCCCCUGCAAGAUUGUCGACAUGUCUACCUCCAAAACUGGCAAGCACGGUCACGCCAAGGUCCAUCUUACUGCCCUCGACAUCUUCACCGGCAAGAAGUACGAGGAUCUCAGCCCUUCCACCCACAACAUGGACGUGCCCAACGUCACCCGUCGCGAGUACCAACUGCUUGACAUCUCCGACGAUGGCUUCCUCUCCCUGAUGAAUGACGACGGUGACACCAAGGAUGAUGUCCGCAUGCCCGAUGGCGAGAUCGGCGACAAGAUCAACAAGCUCUUCAAGGUCGAUGAAAAGGAUACCAACGUUAUUGUUCUUACCUCGAUGGGUGAGGAGGCCGCCAUCGAAGCCAAGGAGGCUCCCCGCCAGUGA